UCAAAUAUUUUCUGUUUCCUCAUUAUGUCGUUUAUUUUACAAUCUCAUACAAUUAGCCAAAGAAAAAAUUUAAAGCUAAAAGGUACAAAAACAUCAGUGGCUAAAAACCAAAUCUUAAUUUCUACCGGAAUUGUUUCCUUGGAUGCUGUUUUGGAUGGGGGUAUUCCAAUUGGCACAGUUACCCUUGUAGAAGAAGAAAAUUAUGGCCGAAACGCUGAUUUGAUUACAAAACAUUUUAUUGCUGAAGGAGUUGUUUGUGACCAUUCUAUUUUAAUAGCUGAUAUUGAGAAGAAACCAGAAACAAUUGCAAAUGAUUUACCAAAACUUAUUCAAGAAGAAAGUUUUCAACCUACAGGUGUUGUUGAAGAUUUUAAAAUAGCAUGGCGGUAUAGUCAAAAUCCAAUUUAUGAUUCUAAACCACAUCAGACAUCUAUAUCUUUUGGACAUACAUUUGAUAUGUCAGCAAAAAUAUCUACUGAUGAAUUACAAAACAUUAAAUACUGGCCAAAUGUCCAAUCCCAAAGUACUAGUUAUUCUCAUUUGUUAGAAUUCAUAAAUAAAGUUAUAACUACAGAUGGUUUUAGUACGAAGAUUCCUGUUGAACAAAGACAUGUAUUAAGAAUAACAAUAAAUAAUUUGUUUUCGCCUAUUUGGGAUUCUAAUGAUAUGGACAUUGUUAAAUUUUUAUACAAACUUCGAAUUCUUAUACGUUCUUCAUAUGCUACUUGUCUUAUAACAACUCGAGCUCAAAUAAUAAAUAAUAUAAUUAAAUGUCGAAUAGAACAUUUUGUCGAUACAGUGCUAAUUCUUAAGCCAAUGGAAUUAAGUUCUUGUGCAGAUUAUAAUGGAAAGCUUAUCAUUGGUAAAUUAGCGUCAUUUAAUACCUUUUUAUAUGAACCAUCAUGUGUAGAUUGGGCUACAAAACUCACAAGGAAAAAACUAUGUAUUGAGAAACUGCAUCUACCACCUUGCUUAAACGAUGACGAGAAUAAUGAAAAUAUUCAAAACAAGCAAUUAUGUGCUUCAACUACUUCUAGGUUAAAUUUUUAAUUUGUUAAAAUUGUA